CUGCUCUUUUGAGAGGAAGCAAAAACACCUUUCCAAAUGCUCUCGACUCCUCUUACUCAUUUUCAAGACUGUUUCGGAUCGAAGAAACACUGAUUUGUUUGUUAAGAUAAAAUUAUGCAGUUAAAAACUCCAUUAAUUCUCCAGAAAAAUGAUAUUUUCAAUUAUAUUUCUAGAUUCCAAAACCUCCGGGCCCUCCAUCGUCACAUCUGGGCCAGAUUCUGAACCAUCUGACAAACAAAAUGUUCCCUCUUAUCAAGAUGAAGACAUGCAGACGGGGUCAGAAUUCCCCUCGAUCAAAGUAUCCACUAAAAGUGACCCUGACAAGGACGACUACCCGUCGCCCAGCUCAACAACCACAGGGCAGACAGAGUCUAAACCGAGUCAAGACAGCGACGUGUCUGGGUUCUGGGGCAGUGGACAGCCCCCUCCCGAGACCAAGUCAUACAGCACCAGUUCGACAGGGGACACAAACUCACUAGAGAGCAACAACAGCGACGUCUCUGGCUUCUGGAGCUCCAAGGGUUCAGGGCCAGGGGCGCCUCCGGGCGGAGACAAACCAGACAGUUUGACUGACUCCAGUUCAGGGAACACAUUAUCAAAUCCAUCAGAAAACAGUCAGGUGUCCGGUUUCUGGGACAGUAGUAAAAGCAAGUCGGCGGGGGGCGACCAAAAAGCGAAAAAACCAGCCGGAGGUGGAGGCGGCGGAGGGGGAGGGGGAGGCCAAAAAGCACCAUCCAAAAACGACAAACAGUCUCAAGACUCCGAGUUCUGGGCAGACGACGACGAAAACGGGGCGGCCAAAGGAGACGACUUGGACGACUAUCAGACAUUUGACGACACUUCAAACAUCAGUGCAGACAAAACAGUGGAAGUUAAGACGAAAUAA